UCCUCUCCAUGCGGCUCCAAUUCGCGUGGCUCUCAUCUGAGUCUCCGUCAGAGCGCUCGAACGGGACGGGUGGUGCGGCUUGUGCCUGCGACAAAUCUCCCUCUCUCCGUGCGGCUCGCUCGCUUAGCUUCAGCUCACCCACCCACACCCACCCAGUCCUCUGUGAGAUCGGCUCUCGCAGACGUGGCGGACGUCUUUGUGUUUUGUUUUCGCCGGCGGAUUACAUCGGGUGAGAUACGGUUCGCUCGCGCAAACGUUCGCGUCUGGACAAUACAAGAUCAGCUGUAGUGCGCGCUGCGCUCUGCGUGUGUUUGUAAUCCAGCGGUCUUACACACACGGAGAGCUCGUCCCUGUUCAAGGUUAAACACUGCAGCAGCAGUAGCAGCAGCAAAGAAUAUCGUCAACAGCAGCGGCAGGACGAUCAGUCGUCGUCUUCGGCAGCAAAAGGACAUCGGCAGCAGCCAGGACGACGCUUCAAUAAAGCGCCUCUCGUAAAUUAACAAGCCGUCUGUCAAACCGGGACGAUGGGACGUCGGUCACCGCUGCUCGAGUCAUCCCAGCCACACUAGCCAGGUGGGUGGGGAGAGACCAUGAUGUAGCCGGAGCCCCUUUGCCCCCACCAUGCGGGAAUACAAGGUGGUGGUGCUGGGCAGCGGCGGGGUCGGCAAGUCGGCGCUCACAGUGCGAUUCGUGACGGGCAGCUUCCCCGAGCGCUAUGACCCAACCAUCGAGGACUUCUACCGCAAGGAGAUUGAGGUGGACUCGUCGCCCUCCGUGCUGGAGAUUCUGGACACGGCCGGCACGGAGCAGUUCGCGUCCAUGCGCGACCUCUACAUCAAGAACGGCCAGGGCUUCAUCCUCGUAUACAGCCUUCUCAACCACCAGUCCUUCCAGGACGUACGAGGCCUGCGCGAGCAGAUCGGCCGCGUCAAACGGUCGCAGCAGCGCGUGCCGCUGGUGCUCGUGGGCAACAAGGCGGACCUGGCGGGCCCCGGCGGCGAGCGAGAGGUGGCCGAGGCGGACGGGCGCGCGCUGGCGCGCGAGUGGGGCUGCCCCUUCCUCGAGGCGUCGGCCAAGACGCGGCAGGGCGUGGACGAGCUGUUCGCCGAGGUGGUGCGCGAGAUGAGCUGCGUCGGCGAGUCCGAGUCGCGGGCGCGCUGCGCGCAGUGCUCGCUGCAGUAGCGGCACGCGCCGGGGCGCGAGCGGGCGCACGCACGCGCGGGGAGGGCGCGUGCGUGCGUGCGCUCACACACACCUGCAGGCAGGGAAGUAAACGGGACCAGUUUGGACGAGCCAAACCCAUCGGCAGAGGAGCAGCAUGUGGGGAAGAGGAGGAGGGGGGCAACCCUUCACAAGUGUGGCCGUGUGUGUCGACAGCGAACAUUUUCUUUCCGGCCUCACUCCACCUCCAGCUCAUCGUCACAAGCGCCGCCGUCACGACCUCGCUUCCUGCGCUCGCUUGCGGGGCUGCUCAAAUGCCGAGGAAGUGGGAGCUUCCGUUGAUGAUGAGAAAACCUUGUAACCAUUUGUUCUGGGGGGGUUUUCCCCACAGCGCCCCCCUAAACACACACACACACACAACCUCCCCCCCCCACACACACACACACGUUGCUCCCCACGCAAAAGAUGAAACUUGCAAGACUAUUUGAAUGCAUAUGAGAGGGGGGAGGGAAAAAACCAAUAAAACAUAAUUUUUCAUGAAUGACAAACGGCAAGAAUUUAACGGUAUUUUAUUUAGCCUGGCUGUUGUCGGUAAUAUUUUACGCGCCGAAUUCUGCUUAUCACCCCGCUUCUCCCCCCCCCCCCCCCUCUGUAUUUUAAAGCAACAGUCGGGGUGUUUUCGUCUUAUAAUCCGGUAUUCGCGUGCUUGUGUGCGUGCCAGAUUUGUGUUACUCUAUUGACAUGCGGCAACACGUUUCGAGCGUGUCUUUACUUUCUGGAGAGCGUCUUUUAAUUGCUAAUCCCCUUAGAAUACAGGUGGCCGUUUGUUGUUUUGGGCCAUGCACUCAUGCGGUAGGCGACAUCGAUGAUUUUUUGUUUCGCGGCGUUCCGUUUUUUGCCACGAGUCGUCGCCGGGAAAGUCGCUUCGUUCCGUAGGCACCCCCUCGGGUUUUUUUUUGUCCAGCUUCCACAUCCCCCCCCCCCGCCCCCAAGUCAACCCCCAAGUUGAACUCUUUCGGGAGCCUCCCCCUCCCGAUUUCCUUUGUUUUCGUUUGACUGCGAGCGCAGUGUGAGAUGCGGGCGCCAUCCCACCCGCACUCGCGUUUUGCAUCUUUAAGCGGAUCGUGAACAAGAAGGCUUUGAUUGUUUCUCCCACCGGAUGAGUUGGUGGCAUGGACAGGGUCAGUGUCUCCACUGGACAAUAGAUACACUGUUGAGGGCAGCCAGCAUACUGCUUGCUUGCCUGGUGUAGCCUCUGAAUUGAAAACCCAUUUCUUUUUUUGUGUUUAGUUUGUUGUCCUUCCCCCGCACCUCCGUUGAGCACGAUUGGUUAUGUACGGUGUGGAAGAAGUUCAACAUGCAUACUUAGACUACUCGGACAGAGUCCCAUAUACUCACGCAGAGACCCAUAGUUUGGUGUCCUUCCCGCGCACUUCCGAUAAGCACGGUUGGAUACGUACGGUGCGAAGAAGGUCAACAUGCAUACGUACACAGCUUCCUCAUCUUUUUAAAGUUACUUUAGAUCUGUUUGGUGUGCCGCAAGAUUUUGUUACAGUCAACUAUGAAUUAUCUGGGGUAAUGGUUGUCGGGAGGGGGGGGGGGUGAAGAUGUAUGAUGUGCCAUCCUUUUUGCUUCUUUAAGUAAUCGUUUUACUUUGCUGACGCGAGCAGUGGACGAUUAGACCAGCGCUCGCUUCAACGUGCGAAUGAGCACGGCUGAUAUGAGAAUUGAGAGCUUAUCCACCUUCAUUUCUUAUAUUGUCAUAUUUCAUCUUUUGUUUCGGGAGAUUUCGCCUGAACAUUAUAUGAGGUCCCUCGAGUGAACCCGUUGCCUGAUUAUUUUUUUUUUCCAAUAAAGAAAUCAAAGUA